CAAGGGCAAGUUCUCCCGCCAAAGCACCUUGGCCGCUAAGAAGAAAAGGGUGAGCCCCAGAUGUCAUGAGCGCUCUCAGGCUUCAGAGUCAGAAGGUGAACGGCCCGCAGCAAGUCUGUAAUCCAGAGACCAGUGCGAGGAGAAGGCCCCUGUUCCACAGGCUUCUGUAAACACACCCGUGGCGGCGAGCGGGCUUCGGCGCAGUGUUUCUUCCCCCUCCCCUGAUUGUAAUCGCCACUACCGCUCAUGAAAAUGCUGAAUCUGCAGGACAGAGCUCGGCUGGAACGCCGGAUAGUUGGCUCAACAAACCGGUGGCGUUCUCCCACAAAGCUUUUCUCUGGAGACCUGCUGGGACUUUCCCAGAGGUGCAAGGCUUUGAACGUGGACUUUGAUAAGGCUCUGAAGAACCCAGACAGGCUAUGUGUUUCACAAAUUCAGAAACUUUUCUCUAAGACCUCGAAGAACAAGACUAUCCAGAGCAGGGAGGCCGACGUGAUUCUCGAAUGUCUAGGCUCCAAAUGGGAACUCCAUCAGCCCCAGCUUUUCCAGUCUGAGACCUUAAGCAAGCUCUACCUGAUGGCGCUGGCCCAGGGCACCAAGAGCCCCACAAAGGAACUGGAGAAUCUUCUGCGAGCUCAGCGGUCUGGGAAGAUCAAGGCAAGACCACCCAUAAAGAAGAUGUUCAUUUUCUUGAAGAUCAAUGACCCCAUAGUCACUAAAGUUGCCUUCGCCAUGGCCCUGAAGAACCUCUACCUGAGGGAGGUGGAGAUAAACAUAGACGAUGUGAUGGGCGUGCUCGCCUCGGCUCAUAUCCUCCAGUUCAGCAGCCUGUUUCAAAGGUGUGUGGACAUAAUGACGAAGGGACUCACGCCAAGCACCAUUAAGAGCUUUUACCUGGCCGGCUGCAAGUACAAGGAAGAGCAGCUCACCACUGCCUGUGAGAAGUGGCUGGAAAUGAACUUGGUCCCUCUGUUAGGGACACAGAUCCACCUCCGGAAAAUCCCACAGGACCUGCUCCACAGAGUGCUGCGGUCCCCCAGGUUGUUCACUUUUAAUGAGUUUCAUCUUCUGAAAACACUACUUUUGUGGGUCUUCUUGCAAUUGAACCCCCAAGUUCAGUUGGUUCCUGCACAGGAAACAGUGCUGGCAUUUUUUACCAGCUUCUCCAGGAACUAUUCCUUUCUGGAUCAGGAUACGGGACAGAGCUUGGUGCCACUCUUCCUUUGCCUGCGCCUGCACAGCAUCGUCAAAGGCAAAAACCUGGAGUUGCUAAGGCACAUUAACUUCUUCCCGGAGUCCUGGCUGAUCCGGGUUACAGCCAACCAUUACCACGCACUGGAGAAUGGGGGUGACAUGGCCCACGUGAAAGAUCUUACCACCCAGGCUGUGAGAUUCGGGCUACUCUUUAGGCAGGAGUAUACAACUCAUUCAGAAAUGAUUGCCAUAUAUGGAUUCUUCUUUGAAAUAAAGGGAAUCAAACAUGAUACUACCUCUUACAGCUUUUACAUGCAGAGAGUGAGACACAGUGACUGCGAGCACGGCCCCAUCAGCCUGCGGGCGGAGCGCCUGGUGAAGUACGAGAUCAGAGCCCAGACCCUGGUGGACGGCAAGUGGCAGGAGUUCAGGACCAACCAGAUCACCCAGAAGUUUGGGUUCUCCAAGCCAUCCUGCAAAAGCCACGCCUUGAAAAUCCACACUGUGGGCAUUCCAAUCUAUGCAAGUUUUUCAUUCAUCUUCCCAAUGUCUUGACAGUUUCCAGAAGAACCUGUGGGAUUUUUCUUUCUUUCGCCAGUGUCUGUGUAAAAGAAAAUAA